UUGAGAGCGGGCUGUGAGGCAGAGGAAGGCUCGGCCUGGUCUGCGGAGAUGUUUCACUCCCGGAGCUCCGACAGCGUGAUGUCAGCGGUGGCAGGGCUGUUGUAAUUGACUCGGAGGGGGCGAUGGCGUCAUUUUAUGCCCUGGUGUAGCCUCCUGCUCCAAUAGCGAAGGCGAGACGGAUCUCUGGCCGAAGCGACCGUGGCUCCCUUGGCCGGGAUCGAGCACCGCCGAGCCGGACAACUCACCCCGGGAAACAUGGAGGCUGCGGCCGCGGAGCUGCGGGCCGGCUCUCGGGUACCUGUCACUAUCGAUCAAAUAGUUAACGACACACUGGUGGUGACGCUGACCUAUCGAGAAAGGAGCUACACGGGGAUAUUGCUCGACUGCGGCAAAAAGACUGGACUCUUUUGUCUCCCAGACUUCACGGCGAAACUUGGGGACUGUCCGAUACCUAUGCCUGCCUGUGAAGUCGCGGCAGUUCUGAGUGAGGAGCCGGUUUCCAAAUCUCCCAGCCAGGCUUCGCACAGACCAAAGGAUGAAAACACUCUCCCUGAAGGCAGCAUGCCCCCUGCCCCGCAGCCUGGCCCCGUGCCCACGCCGGUGCCCGCUGGACAGACUCCUUAUCCUCCUUAUUUUGAAGGAGCCCCCUUUCCUCAACCUUUGUGGGUGCGCCACACAUAUAGCCAAUGGGUACCUCAACCCCCGCCGCGACCAAUCAAGAGGAAGAAGAGGCGGACGCGAGAACCCGGCCGUAUGACCAUGAGCACUAUCCGUCUACGGCCGAGGCAGGUGCUGUGUGAAAAAUGCAAGAACACACUGAACAGCGACGAGGACAGCAAAGAUGGCAUGAGCAACACCAAGACUUCUAGAAAAGAGAACACACUACAGAGCGACGAGGACGGCGACGAGAAGGACCUGCCUUCUAAGCUGUCGAGAAAAGAGGACAUAGUUGCAAGCAAGGACACUAAGAGACGAGAAAACGGCACCAGCCUCGACAGCAAACGCCUACGAAAGGAUAAAAGGGCUGAGUCUGAUGUGGAGAAGUACCCUGUCGGUGACGUUAUCCCCCAUAGUCCUGUUAUUAAGAUCUCCUACAGCACUCCACAGGGCAAAGGGGAGGUCAUGAAGAUCCCCUCUCGCGUCCAUGGGUCGGUCAAGCCAUUCUGCCCCAAACAGCUGGUGCAGAACGGCGUGGGAGAAAAUGGAAAGGCGCCUUCUAAUCCCACCAAGGAGCAGCGGCACAUACUUGACGCCACGAGGUCUGGCCUCACUGUGUCCAUUCCCAAACUCAAACUAACCAGGCCUUUUACAAACGUGGCUCAGGACUCUCCUUCUCCAAAGAUACGCUUGAAACCUCCUCAGAGGGAGGGCGAGGAGAGUGUGGUGGAGUAUGAGGCAGAACUCGUAGGGGACGCCCGGCGACGAAGCCCGCGGGCGCCUGGGCCGUGCCUCUCCCACUCGGAGGACUCAGUAGAAGGCAAGAACUCUCUGGACCUCUGGUCCGGGAGUUCUGGGGAGGAAGCGGAGCGCAGCCACAGCGACCUCACCCUUCUCAUCAAUUUCCGUAAGCGCAAGGCGGACUCGUCUAGCCUGUCCGUUUGCAGCAGCGACAGCCUGGACGAGUCCAAAUCCUUCAGCUCCGACGGCACGUCCCCCGAGAUGUGCGACCUGGCGCCCGGCGAGGACCUCUCCGUUACUUCAUCCUCCGUGCCCUCACGGGACGACUGCAAAACGGUGCCGCCGCUCACGGUGCGACUGCACACCCGCAGCAUGACAAAGUGUGUGACGGAGGAGGGCCACGCCGUGGCGGUGGGCGACAUCGUGUGGGGGAAGAUCCACGGCUUCCCCUGGUGGCCCGCGCGGGUCCUCAGCAUCAGCGGUACCCGCAAGCAGGAGACGCCCAGCUGCGAGGCCCAGUGGCCGCAGGCCAAGGUGGCGUGGUUCGGCUCGCCCACCACCUCCCAGCUGUCCGUCGCCAAACUGUCGCCAUUCAGGGAGUUCUUCAGGUCUCGUUUCAACCGCAAGAAGAAAGGGAUGUACCGCAGAGCCAUCCUUGAGGCGGCCAAGGCCGUCGGUCACAUGGGCCCAGAGAUCACGUCACUGCUUUCCCACUGCGACACGUAGAAGCUGACGACUGAAGAGAUCUCCAAGGUUUUUUUUUUUUUUUUUUUUCUGGAUUCUCACUCUGUCAUCAAGGCCCAGGAGGGAGUACGUGCGGUUGCCACAGCUACUAUUUAUAUGCUUUUUUUUUUUUUUUUUUUUUUAACUUUUUUUUUCACAAGGCUGGUGGAACAUGGCCGCCAAGGUGGAGCGUUGCAGAGACUGAAUAAGGGAGCAAAAAAGUAAAGGAAAAAAAAACAAAACAGACGCCAGGCAUCUCACUGACUGAACUGUUCCUCGUUAUUUUUUGUUAUUUUAUCUUUUAGGUUUAAUCAUAUUUCAAAUAGAGCCGCAUAACAACACUACAAGGACCAGAAUGUAUUUAUUGUCUGUUUAUUACCUACCUGCAACCUUUCUGACUUCAGGCUGUGGCAAAAAAAAAAACAAACAAAGAGAAGGAAAAAAACAAAAACCUCCUUGUCUGCUGCUGUCCAUCAUCACGGUGCGGAGGGGGCGGAGCAAACAGGCUCCUCCUCCUCCUGACAAAAGUCUUACCCACAAUCCUCCUCUGAAAAUGUGAACGGCUCCAUCCAGAGACUCUCCACGAAGCGAUCGCAGUUUUUUUGUUGUUUUUUUUUUUCCAAAAUCGUUCCAUCCUUUGCGAGUGUAGUUCGUGUUCGUAUUUAUACUGAAUCAUGUUUUUCCCUUCCAUCUUCCUUUUCACUUAGUUUGGAUUUCACUAGUCUACAUAACCCCCCCCCCCUCCUCCUCCUCUACCUCCAACCUGUCAUUUUAUCCCCCCCCCCACCCUUCCAGAUUUUUUUUUUCUUUUUAGUUGUAUUAUUUAAAUCGUUUAGGAGGAAAAAAAAAAGAAGCACUUUAUCUGUACCUCGGUGGCCUGCUGUACGCUCACUUGUCUGAAACACUAUUUGCGAGAUGCAGCCCUGACAGGCAGCAGGGGGGAGGGAUGCUUUAUUUUCUUGGAUGGUGGAGACGGCUUCAACACUGAACACGUUUCUGUCCACACACACAGACACACACACACACACACGCCACGUCAGACAUUUCCACUGGAGGACCGGGAAGCGGAGCAAUGUGUCGACGCUCCCCUAUGCAUCAUCAGUUAAAGCUUUACCAGGAAACAAACGCUGUACGAAUACUGUGAAUCCAACUGCUGAGGGAGUGGAAGAAAAAAAAAAAAGAAGCUCCAUCGAGACGUCGGCGAGCGACUCCAACCGUUGGUGACCUUUGUGGUGAAAGCUGUUGGAUGCAGGUGGAAGGGGGGAACGGAGACUUUUUUUUUUUUUUUUUUCAAAUGAAGAUCACGCUCAGCCAACCGAAGAAGCAGGUCGAUGCACUCCUCCCACUUUUUUUUUUUUUUUCUUUCUAACACACAACAAACUGUGGAAGUGAGUCCUAAGUGUGUUUGAGUGCUCCAGUUUUUUUUUUUAAAUUUUGUUUUAUUUUUUCCUCCCUCGCUCUCCGCAUAUGAGCAACUUGGCUAUCUACUGUUGCCCGCAGUCGGUCAAUGUUAUUGGCUACUUUUUUUGUUUUCUUUUUUUACGUGUACUGUACAUAAAAUAAAAUAUACAAGCAAUA